AUGUCUCAGGAGCGGCCCAAGUUCUACCGGCAGGAGCUGAACAAGACGGUGUGGGAGGUGCCCGAGCGCUACCAGAACCUCUCCCCGGUCGGCUCCGGGGCCUACGGCUCCGUCUGUUCUGCCUUUGACACAAAAACUGAGUUGCGUGUGGCUGUAAAGAAGCUGUCCCGACCAUUUCAGUCUAUCAUCCAUGCCAAAAGGACCUACCGAGAGCUACGGCUACUUAAGCACAUGAAACACGAAAAUGUGAUUGGUUUGUUGGAUGUGUUCACCCCUGCCAAGUCACUAGAAGAAUUCAAUGAUGUGUACUUGGUGACACACCUUAUGGGAGCAGAUCUGAACAACAUUGUGAAAUGCCAGAAACUCACCGAUGACCAUGUGCAGUUCCUCAUAUACCAAAUUCUUCGGGGACUGAAGUACAUCCAUUCAGCUGACAUAAUACACAGGGAUUUAAAACCUAGUAACCUAGCUGUAAAUGAAGACUGUGAGUUAAAGAUCCUGGAUUUUGGCUUGGCCCGACACACAGAUGAUGAGAUGACCGGGUAUGUGGCUACCCGGUGGUACAGGGCUCCCGAGAUCAUGCUGAACUGGAUGCAUUACAACCAGACAGUUGAUAUUUGGUCAGUGGGAUGCAUUAUGGCUGAACUGUUGACUGGAAGAACAUUGUUCCCUGGUACAGACCAUAUUGAUCAGUUGAAGCUCAUUUUGAGACUCGUUGGAACCCCAGGGCCUGAGCUUUUGAAGAAAAUCUCCUCAGAGUCUGCAAGAAACUACAUUCAGUCUUUGUCUUACAUGCCGAAAAUGAACUUUGAAAAUGUGUUUAUUGGUGCCAAUCCACUAGCUGUGGACUUGCUAGAGAAGAUGUUGGUACUGGACACAGACAAACGAAUUACUGCAGCAGAAGCGUUGGCUCAUGCCUACUUUGCUCAGUAUCACGACCCAGAUGAUGAACCAGUGGCAGAUCCCUAUGACCAGUCUUUUGAAAGCAGAGAACUUGAGAUUGAAGAAUGGAAAAGCCUGACUUACGAUGAAGUAAUCAGCUUUGUGCCACCACCGCUUGACCAAGAGGAGAUGGAGUCCUGAGAAACUGCUCUCUUCUGUUUGUCCCACUUCACUGUGAGGGGAAGGCCUUUUCAUAGGGACUCUCCAAUUAUCGUUCAAGUGCCUCGUCACAACAAUAUUCUCCUUGGUGGAGGGGUUUCGUGUGUGUUGAAUUGGGGAGGGUGGGGGGGAGGGAAGAAAGUUGAGUCUAUGUAAACAUGCUGCAUGCUCUCUUGUAUUCUGUGUACAGCCUGGGGCGAGCCUCUGAAGACCUGUUCUGACUGCUCUUUAGUCCCGCCAGAGUAACAGUGCUCAACCAGUUUGCACUGCGGGGGCAAGGUGGGGAAGCUGACGUGUAAAGUUUGGUUACAAUCGUUGCCAUUUAUCAAUUCUUGUACAAUUAAGUAACCUCAAAGUAAUGGAAGCUGUUUUAUAGGCUUAGAGUCCGCUGUUUUCUUCAGGACUGAAGGUGGGGUUGAGGGAUGUCCUUGUUCAAUGCCAGAUGGCUGAUUUACGUCUGGAUCUUCCUGGUACAGCAGAAUGUACAGGCCUUCUAAUAUCUGAUUCUUGGAACAUGAAAAGGUUUUGUUUGAAACUGUAAAUAUGUUUGUGCCUUAAAUGAAUGGGGAGAGAGGGGAAAGGAAGUCUGGAGUGGAAAAUCUCUGACCCACUGUUUUUCAGGGUGAAGGCUCCCAGAUAGCCAGGCAUGAACUCGAUUGUAAUCAGGAAAUAACUUUCCAAGGCUCUACCCCUGGGUUGAGUAUGCCUGUAUUUUUCCCUCUUCCCCUCCUCUCGUUUGGAGGCUUCCCAGCAUUAGCUCCCAGGAGACGGAGGCUGGAGAAGAUUCUUGCUAGCCACACGUUUGUGUAUUUUGUUCCUUAAAAGGUGGGGUGUUUUUGCACGUCGUAGCUGUAUGUGCAUGUAGAGCUGCUUGAUUUUUGUCGUUACUUUUCUGGGGAUGGCACUGGGGCAGUUAAAUCGUCAGUGAAAUACUUCACUGAGUACCUCAGCCAGUGCCAUGAAAUCACAGCAUCCUUCCUCUUGUGCCGCAGCUCAUUGUGAAAUACCUGCCAUUCUGGAGGCUUUGACGAGGAAAGGCUAAAAUAUACGGCAUAGAAACAUGCACCUUUUUCUUUGUGUUCUGACCUUCCGGUUUCAGAGGAGGAGAGCCUGGGACGGAGGGUUUCUUGCGAGAUCAAAUGUAAAAAAUGUUCUUCAAAGAAACAACUAUGGCAUCUUGUGCCGGAACUUAAUUAAUUUCCUGAAAAGAAUUUUUUUAGAAGUAUUGGAAUCCAAAGCAAAGAAAUAAGCAUGCAUAAAACCACAAUCUCCCUUUCACUGUCUAUAUCUAUAAAUAUAAAUAUUUAUAUAUAAAGCACUAACAUUUACUAGAGGUUUUUUUUACCCUCUCAGAUAAGAGCUUCUUGGCUGUUUUUUAGCAGGUAGAUCUCUGCCUGAGGAAACAUGAAAAGGGAGUAUGCUUGAGUACAAACAUGGUUCAAAUAUUUUGUAUUUUACAGGACUCUGCGUGAAUCAAAUGCCCAGGGUUAGAGCCUGGCAGGAGGGAGGUUUCUCAUCAUGUUUGGGUGCUAGAACUGUCGCUGGGGAGCUCAGGAGCCCGAUUUUAGGACUUGUGGAGGAGACGUUUUUAGACAUUUAUUUGUUGCAGGCAUCCCGUGUGGGCAACGUACCUGUCUAUGUGAGGAGAAAGGCUUUUGCAGUAUUUUGUAUUCUUGUUACCUAUGGGACGGAGAGGAACUUGUUUGUAGUGGUUUUACCCCGUGUUUGAAGAGGCAGCACAAAGGGAUGGGACACGGAUGACAAAGCCAUUGAUUCUUCCUAGGCUACUUUCCAGUGAUCUCUUCAGGUCAAACACUUAACAAAAGUCUGGGGUGAGAUGAAGAGAGCAGUUAUUUCAUGCUCUGGGAUAAAACUCUCCUCAGCCCAACAAAGUCAAGACAGAAAACCUCCCUUUUCUGCUGGACCAGCAGUCCAGGUAUUCAAAUGAAAAUGUAGAUAUACUAUGUACACCUACAGCAAGAUUAUUUUUAUCAGCCAUUUUCUGUGUAGAUGCUACAGUGUGAUUUCAUGCGGAAAUAUUGCUAAAGAUUUUUAAAAAUACAGAUGUUGUGUGUGCGUGUGUGUGUCUGUGCGCGUGUGUGAGUGGGAAUGUUUCAUUUGGAGCCCGUACCCGACGGGAGCCCGUGCGGCACGCACUCCCUACCUUCAGUGCAGUGCUGUUCAGCUGCCUGCGGGCUGAACAGGAGGACGCACUUCGAAGAAGAGAUCGGCUAUUUUGUUUCUAUCCAUGAAUUUUGCUGUAAUUGGUUAUGCCAGAUAAGAUGUCACAAUACCACUGGUCAAAAAUAAAACCUAUUUUUCAGA